AGAAAAAGAAAGUGAAAAGGAAUAGGCGGGAUGGCUGAUCGGUAUCUUGGUUGGAAAAAAGCCGUGGUGGGAAUAUCCAACAUCGUCCACCGUGUUAUUUCUCAAUUUGUGUGCUGAAUGAGUGAAACACGACGGCGGAAAAAUGCGUGGAGUGAAAUGCAUCAGUUUUGCGCUGUGGAUUAAUAUUCUCAGCGUGAUGACAGCAGAAAAUGAUUUCAGUCUGGAAUUAACUCCAUCAAAUCCUGUGAUUCAUGUUGGUGAGGAUUUGGAGCUGACCUGUCGAGUGAGCGGUUGUCCGUUUAAUGUGACCUUCAUCUGGAAAGCAACACUGGAUGAAUUUCUCGGUGGAGAGAUUAAAAACGAGCAGAAUGUUUCCCGUCUGCUGAUCAGGAACAUCUCUGUCAAACACAGUAAUAAAGUUGUGUGCAAAGCUACUUGUCCGAUGAAACCGUCAGGAAGAGAGAAAACGGCAAAUAUACAAAUGUUCUCAUUUCCAGAAGAUCCCAUAGUGCCCAAAAUAAAGAGUUUGACAGCAAACCAAACCCAGAAGCUUACCUGCACAGUCCACAACAUUUACCCUCCGGAAAGGUUUCAGGUUGAGUGGCUUCGAGGAAAUACCGUCCUCCAUAAGGACCGACUGCAAGUAGAACAUUUAGACCACGUUCAGAAUUAUUCCUUUGUGUACAAUUACACACCUUCUGUUGAUGAUCUGGGCAAGAAUAUCAGUUGCAAGGCAACAAUGAAUCUCAGCCUCGUCAAGCAAGAGAGAACAACAACUGCUGAAUAUGGUCCAGGGACUAUAACAGUUUCCAGUAAUAAUGCUUUGGUAAAGAUUGGCGAACCCUUGGAGAUAGCAUGUCACGCAGACGGAAACCCCAAACCAACAAUCUCAUGGUGGAAACUAGAGAAUAAGCCUGAACUCCAGAGUCAUAACCACACGCUGAUCAUAAACAAUGCUUCCUGGUCUCAGGCUGGUUGGUAUCAGUGUAAUGCCAGCAAUGGUGCGGGAAGCCAGCAAGCGAGAAUAAAAGUCAUCGUUGUAGGUCCUCCAAACAUCCCUAGAAUCCAGUUAAGCCAUGAAGAGGAGCCUAAAGAAGGAGAGAGCAUAAGCAUAUUCUGUUCUUCAGACGGCAGGCCAGCAAAACUCAAGCUUUACAGACAGUCCCAGACCAUUGCAACAGGAGAUCCCGACAAAUCAGCUGUGCUUUUAAACAUCACAUCAGUCCAAACAACUGAUGCAGGGAUUUACAUCUGUGAAGCAAUAAAUGAGUUUGGCUUUGAGAGGAGCACAAUCAACAUUACAGUCCAAGCAGCACAAGAAGACAUACGGAGCAAAGUGGACCUCCUGUGAUCAUACUGCCGACUAUAGGGUCAGUGUCGCUGUUGACCGCUGCAGGACUGCUGAUCAGACACUGCAGAAAGAAAGUCAAGAAAGACUCCAGUAACAUCACACUCAACUAAACAGACUCAACUUUAUAUUUCUGAAAUGUUUCUUUAUAAUCUUUAUUUUAU